AUCCUCAUUUCUCACUCCCCCCUCUUCCUUCUUCCCUCUCCAGCGGCCACAUCUGAAAUCAUGCUCCAUCAGUCGCCGACCGCAGUCCCAGACUCGAGAGGAAGCAUCACUAUACGGCGAAGCCCUUAUUCCUCCCUCCACAACUCCACCACCGGAUCGCGCUAAGGUCCCUCCGCCGCCGGCUCGCGCUCAGAUCCCUCCGCCCCCAGGUGGUGGCGUGGCGCCGCCUGCAUAUGGUUGUUGGCGAUGCGGUUGAGUAGAAGGAAAGAGGAGCCGAUGAUGAAAUCGGUGGCGCGCGGCACCAUUAGAGGGUUCCUCUUUUCUUCCCUCCUUGACGCGAAGAAUGAGGGUUUUUUUACCCUCUAUUUUUGUGGGAGGAAAAAGGUUGGGGGAAAAGUUGGAGAACCAAUACAUUUUCCCUCGUUUCCCAAAGCCAGAACAGUAAAGAAAGGAAGUAAAAGGGAGGAAAUGUUACUAUUUAACCCAACCUCCAUUCUGGAGAGAAAAUACUAUUUCUCCUUUUUUAUCUUCACCUCUCUUUUGUCAUCUCUCUUUUUAGCAUUUUCUACCUUCUUUCUUAAUUUCUUUUGAGC